UCGGCUGCCGAGCCUCCGCCCCCCGCCAGCGACACAGGUGCCGAUGCGGGCAGCGAGGCCCCUGUGAACCCCCGCAAAAGAAAGAAAGCUUCCCGCGCCUGUGACUUCUGCCAUGUCAACCACCAGCCUUGUGACAAUGGCAAGCCAAAGUGUAGCGUCUGUGUGAAGCACAACAAGCCCUGCCUUUAUCUGCGGCCAACCAAGCGCCGCGGCCCCCAGAAGGGCUACCGUACCGCUCUCAACACAUACAAGGAGAGCGCCGCUGCUUGGGGUGCCGUACUGGGUGCCAUUCCCGGCCUGGAUGCUCUCAUCGAGGGCCACCUACACAGCACCACCGGCAAGGCUGUCGUGGCUUCCAUCAAGGACGGGAACCAGCAGGAUGCACUGAUUACCCAGUGGCAGGACAGCUCCGUCUUCCGCGCAUUCUUCGGCCACAACGGCCCCCCGCCAAACAGUGAAGGCCAAGGCGGCGAGGGAGCUACCAACGCCCAGUCUCUAGAAGCCGACGACGACGACCUUCCCGAGGAACAGAAUUCUGACCCGCCGAUCCGCUCGGCGCCUGCAAAGAGACAUGUUCUGCAGUCUCCCGCUCUUCUCCAGAGACGCCAGUCUCCCUCGCGUUCGCCUGCUCUGUCAGCUGCAGUCCCAGUCCCAGCCGCAGUUGAGUCCAAGACACCUGGCCCACACUCACUCUUGAGUCCCGCUUUCCGCCACCAAAGCAAGGUCUCAAACUCUCUGUCCGACAUAGUUGCCAAGGAUGCCGCGCAAGGGUCUUCAACCGCUUCACGGACCCUGGCGUCUCUAGGCUUCGCGCCAGACGAGACAAUUGCCGACUUCUACAGCAUGGGUUCCAACCCCGAGCCCAUAUCUCAACUCAACGACCAGGAAUUCGACCCGGCUCUUGGUUCCGAGCUGGAACAAAAGGCCUAUUAUGAGCUCCUCAUGGGACGCUCGUUC